GAUCAACACCACAGGCUGUGUAUCAUGGUUAAUAUGUAACACUGAGAGCACACUUGCACUUUGGUUCCCCAAAUACUAGAUGCUGUUUUCAGACGUAAUCUUGCCCAAGCUGGAUGGUUGUGCACCAAGACCUUCCUCAUUACAAAUUAUGGUGGUAAACAAAAUUAAGAUGGGAUUUAUUUUUAUUCUAACCUACAUGUGCUUCCUCGCUCCUGUCUACCAAGCACAACCUCAAAGCGUCACCAUUUCGGAUCUCUCCUCUAAAAAUAUGGACUUUGCGCUGAAACUUUACGAGGAAAUAUCUGGUUAUCACGACGACAACAUCUUCUUCUCACCUCUGAGCAUCUCCACUAGUUUUGCUGCCUUCUUAAUGGCAACUGGUGGUGAGACACGUCAAGAAAUACUUCGGGGAUUCAAACUGGAGCAGCUGGAGAGGGCAGACCAGCCAGAGCUUAUUCCACUACUGUUCCAGCUCCUUCAUGAGAACAUCACGCACAAUGGAUCGCUGAAACUGGACCAAAACAUGGCCCUCUUUGUGCGCCAGGGGUUUGACAUAGAGAAGACGUUUGAGAACCAAAUCAAGAAGUUUUUUUAUGCGGACAUCAGAAGCGUAAACUUUAACAACACAAAGGAGAGUGUCAGAUACAUCAAUGAGUAUAUAAGGCAAAAGACUGAGGAUAAAGUGAGAGACAUGAUGUCAACACUUCAUGCAGCGACUCAACUCAUGUUAAUCAACACGAUUUUCUUCCAGGGAAGCUGGAAGACACCUUUCAAUGCCAACUACACAGGAAAUGCACCCUUCUACAUUGACAACUAUAAUAUUGUGCAAGUGCCCAUGAUGUUUAUAGAGGAUAGGUUCUACAUGAUGGAAGAUGUUACUCUUGGUGCCAAAGUCCUGAAGAUGUCAUACCAGGAAGGUGUUUCCAUGCUUAUCCUGCUACCUGACAAAGGUAUCGACUACACCGUUAUUGAUGACGAGAUCACUACUGAGAGGUUUCUUAACUGGAUCAAACACCUGCGAAAAAUGAAACUGGAGGUCAAUUUGCCCAAAUUCAAGAUGGAGAAGUCAUAUUCCCUGCACAAUCUUCUACCACAUAUGGGGGUUGCCGGUAUCUUCAGUGAUUCAGCCAAUUUGACAAGGCUGAGUAAGGACAGAGGCAUCAAAUUGUCAGAGGUGCUGCACAAGGCUGUGAUUGAGGUGGAUGAGAAAGGGACCACCGCAGCAGCUGUCACAACAUCUGGCAUCAUUCCAUAUUCCUUACCCAGGAGCUUCGUCGUCAACAGACCAUUUUUCUUCUUCAUAUACCACGAAGACACAAAAUGUCUGCUGUUCAUGGGCAGGGUGAUUGACCCCACCAAAAACUAACGGUCAUGACUUAGAGGUUAGAAGUGUUUACACAUGACAUUGUGUUUAUUCUGGCUUCUAAAAGGCUAUUUUGAUGUAUAUUAUAAUCUCAAAUUUGGUUAGAGAUGCUUUUGUUGUUUUUUUGAAAGCCUACAUAUAUUUGAUCCAUAUAAAUAAAAACUUUACAACAACA